GCAGUCGUCCUCCUCGCAGACAGACACACCCACCAUGAGCCAGAAGAGUGGGGGAGAGGCCGGACCACCCCCUUCUGCAGCCAUGGCCUCAGGAAGUUCCCUCCCUCUGAGGCAGGGGGCAUCUGCAUAUAAAAUGGCCUGCAGGUCACUGCUCCAUAGGUCAGAGCCUUGUUUAUUCUGUUGCCAUGGCUACGCUCAGUCCCAACCCAAUCCUCCAAUUGGCAUGCUCAGACUGCUGUAUAGGCCCACUGCUGUAUGCACCAGCUGCUGUAUAGCUCUACUAGUGUAUGCACAAACUGCUCUAGCCCCCCUCUACAUUUAAUUUGGCACCGUAUCAUUAACCUGCAAAUUUGUUAAGAGGAAAGUCUGACUGACCCGAUGUUUUUAUUUUUGGGGGCAAUGUAUGUAACAAUUUUAAAAGCUUGCGUUUGUUUUUUGUAAACAAAGCAUGUCAGUUUUGUCACUGAUUUUAUUAUUUUUUUAUUGAGCAAGUUUUGAUUACAGAACAUUCGAUUGGGGCCUAUUUGUACCAUUCUCAACUUUAACUUCAGAAAAUUUGCCUGACACCAGAGAACUCUGGCAUGCACAGUGAGGGCAUUUAGCCACACAAACAACGUCAAAUGAAUUUAGAGUUGGGAAGAGGGAAAACUCUGGACAAAUCAUGCACAAAUUCAGCUGCGUGAAUAGCCUGCUCUGUAUUGACAUCCAUACUAACAAUGUGAUCGGUCCACACGCCAUCCAGCCACCUCACCCAGCCCUUCUCCAUCCUCUUUGGCCACGGGAGGCCCCAGCUCGGCCCCCUCUACCUCAGCCAUGGACCAGUCCCAGCCUCCUCUCCUCCUCCACCAUCCCAGUGGGGCCCCCAGAGAGGGGUCCGGAGCCCCAGAAGGAUCCGAGAGGGAAGGGGUGGAGGGAGCUCUGUCUGCCUCUGAAGGUGGAGGCGGCAAUGGGACCAGCUCUGGAACAGGAGGAGGAGACCCAGGAGCACCAGGGGCAGGGGGGGUGGGAUCCCAGCAGCAGCCCCAGAACACCCCCUCUAAGCGGAGGCCAGUGUUGAGCAUCUCCCCCCCUCCGGAAGACCUGUUUGAUGACAGCAGUAUGUCCUGCCAGGAGGAUCCAGCCCCGGCCGGGCCAGCAGGACCAGACUCAGAACACAGCAGCAGCAUCUGGGCUGACGACUCGGCCUCCAACUUCAGCCUGAUCAGCUCCAGCUCCUACAACGACAACACAGAGGUGCCCCGCAAGUCCCGUAAACGCACCCCCCGCCAGCGGCCCGGGGCCAAGCCUGCACCCCCAGAGGACAGCAUGGACGUGUUUGAUGCAGACAGCGCCACGGCCCCACACUUUGUUCUGUCUCAGCUGGGCCCAGACAAGGCCAGCCCCAAGCCCAGUUCUCUGGAGGCUGGGUGGCUGCUGAAGGGAGGCCUGCUGUCAGGUCAGUGUCCCCAGAAGAGUGAGGGCAAGGAGCUGAAGAUCCUGGUGCAGCCAGAGACCCAGCACCGGGCACGCUACCUGACCGAGGGCAGCCGCGGCUCUGUCAAAGACCGCACCCAACAGGGCUUCCCCACGGUCAAGUUAGAGGGCGUCAGUGAGCCGGUGGUGCUGCAGGUGUUUGUGGCCAGUGACACAGGCAGAGUGAAGCCUCAUGGGUUCUACCAGGCCUGCAGGGUGACAGGACGCAACACCACGGCCUGCAAGGAGGUGGACAUCGAGGGAACCACCGUCAUAGAGGUCCCUCUGGAGCCCAGCAGCGCCAUGUCACUUGCGGUUGACUGUGUGGGGAUCCUGAAGCUGCGUAACGCGGACGUGGAGGCUCGUAUAGGAGUGGCCGGGUCCAAGAAGAAGAGCACCCGGGCCAGGCUGGCAUUCAGGGUCAACAUCCCCCAGCCUGAUGGGUCUGUCUUAACCCUACAGACCACCUCGUCACCCAUCCUCUGCACCCAGCCAGCAGGGGUGCCAGAGAUCCUGAAGAAGAGUCUCCACAGCUGUUCAGUGAGAGGAGGAGAGGAGCUGUUCAUCAUAGGGAAGAACUUCCUGAAAGGAACCAAGGUCAUCUUCCAGGAGAACUCAGCAGAUGAUGAGUCGUGGCGGGCCGAGGCAGAGAUUGACAUGGAGCUGUUCCAUCAGAACCAUGUGGUGGUGAAGGUUCCGCCAUACCACAGCCUGUCUGUCUCCUCUCCUGUCUCUGUGGGCGUCUACAUCACGACCAAUGCCGGGAGGUCACAUGACAUCCAGCCCUUCAUGUAUAUCCCAGACUCAGCAGAAAAGUCCCUGAACAUGUCUGUGAAGACAGAGGGUUCUUCUCUGGCCAAGGCCUGCAUCUUCCAUGACCAGAUCAAUUAUCUGGCCUCUGAUCCAGCCCAGUCUGCUGGCGAACUGGUUAAACGACAGGAGGUCACCCCUAUGGAGGUCUCCAGCAAUACCCCAUCCACAGCACUCUUCAAGCCACCGUCUGACACCCUUAUCUUAGUCCAGCAGACCCUUGAGCUGAGCUCCAGCACCCCGCCUAGGAAUGAGUCCUUCCCUGGCCCCAUGCCCCUCCAGCCUGGGGACAUGGACCUCCCCCAUGCCCCUGUCUUUCCCUCCCUGGAGCCCUUCAGCACCAUCCAGAAGCAGGACAUCACCCCCAUCACCUCCUUCCCCGUCUCCAGUGACACUACCACCCUCCCCCCUGUCCCCCCAGAGGUACCCCAGCAGUUCCUCCGGGACCCCCAGGAGAGCCUGCCUCAAGAGGCCUCCAACUCCUGCAGCGGGAUGAUGGUAGUAGGAAUGUCCCAGAUGGUGCCCCCCUCCCAGGCCCCCCAAGUUCCCCUGUUUCCCCAGGAUGGGGUGGCCCAGCUGGAGAGGGCAGUAAGGGAGCUCCAGGCAGGGGGCAGCAGCCUGGUACAGCAGGUCCUAGAGGCAGCAGUGGCUCAGCAGCAACUCAACUCAGUGUUGUACAGUCCCACGUCCUCCACUGACUCCCUGCAGCAAAACGUACAGGACACCAUGAACAGCCUGAGACUGGGGUGCACUGAGGGCUCUCUGGCCACACAACAGCAGUUGCAACAACAGCAGAUCCUUGGCAACAUGCAACAGAUACAACAGCAGCAACAACAGAUACAGCAGCAACAACAGAUACAGCAGAUACAGCAUCAAGUCCUUGGCAACAUACAGCUACAACCACAAUUAUUAAUACAGCCACAGGAUCAACAACUGCAACAGCAACAACAGAUACUGGGGAACCUACAACAGCAACAGCAACAAUUACAACAUCAACAGUUUCAACAACAGCAGCAGGUCCUAGGAAACAUACAGCUACCGGAUCAACAACUUCAACAACAAGUACUGGGCAACCUACAACAACAAAACCAAGCAGUAGGCAGCAUGCAACACUUACAGCAACAACAACAACAACAGCAGCAGCAGGUGUUGGAGAACUUUCAGCAGCAGCUCCAGGCUGAGCUCCUCCAGCCCCAGAUCCACUCCUCGUCUCAUCCCCAGCAGCAGCCUGUGGCUCUCCUCCAGCAGGCUGGGGAGCUGCUCACCAUCCAGACCUCCAGCUUCCCCCACCAGCCGCCCUCCCACACCUCCCCCCAGCAGCUCCUCCAGUCCCCCAGACCUCUGUCGGAAUCCCCCAGCCCGCAGCACCAGGUCCAGGCCGCCCUGCUCCAGAACACUCUCACUGUGCUGACCAGUGGUAGCCGAGAUCAUGAGCAGCAGGUCACGGGGUCCACGCUGUUCCUCUCUCCCAACACUCUCUCUAGCCAGGGUAGUCAGCAGCAGCUAGCAUUCCUGUCCUCCAUGGAGACUUCAGCCAGUGAUCCCCAGACUGUGUCAGUGUUCCAGUCUCAGACCCAGCAGCAGCAGAGCACCCCCAUGGACCAACAGCAGUCCCCCCAGCAGACACAACCACAGCAAACCCAGCAGCAGCUUCCCAUGGCUCAGCAAGGCUCCUUGUUCCAAACUAACACUCUGUCCUCCAGCCAACACCCUCAGCCCCAGCCCACAGACCUGCUCCUCUGCACCGCCUCCCUCAACCCCCAGGCUCUGCCUCCAACCCUCCUCUUCAGUACCCAGGGCCUCUCUAUGGGCAGCAGCACCCCUCACCCCCAGGACACCCCUGCUCCCCUCCUGUUCUCCCAGCCCACCAUGGUCGGGAUCAGGGUAGGGGUGGCCCAGUCUGACCCAGCAGAGCCCAUGUCCUUCCAGGACCAGAGCUCCACAGUAGGGGGGACAACAGCCUCCAUCAAUCCCCCUCAGCAGGGCCUGUUCCAGGCCCAGCAGCCUAUGCAGGUGAGCUCUAGCUCAGGCAGUGGCCCUGACAGCCAGCAGGUGGAGCUGUUCCUGCCACAGGGUUCUCUGUCUGGUCUGCAAAGCAACAUGGCUACGCAGGAACUAGAAAACCAGGCUGCAGCAGCUGCAACCAUCUUUGUGAUGCAGAGCGGACUGGGGGUGGUGGAGCUGCAGAGUACCGCCUCCCCCCCCGGUCAGAGACCCCCAGAGCAGCUGUUCCAGACGGGAGUGAGUAGGAAUGUCGGCCAGCCAGGAGGACAACCCAACCUUUUUGUGUUCGGCCUCCAGACCGAUUCCUCCCAGCUGAUGACGUCCACUGGUUCAACACUGUCAGCCCAGAGCCAACCCCAGAACGCCAACCCUGUGCGGGCAAGCCACAUCCAGUCUCUACUGGACUCAGACAUGGCCCAGACAGCCACACCCAUGCAGACCAACCUACAGACCCCAAUGCAGACAAACAUACAUACUGCAAUGCAGACCAAUAUACAGACUGCCAUAGAACCUAGCCUGCCAACCGUUAUGCAGACCAGCUUACAGAACGCCAUACAGACCACCUCCCAGAAGAUGGAGGACCUGCUGGACAGUCUUCAGAAGCAGUGAUCAUUACUGGGACCACAGACACAUUGCUGUGGGUUCCUGUGACAUCUGCCCACUCUUAGACUGGGACAGGUUGUGUCUUCUGCUUACAGUACAACCCCCCCACAGAUGCAGAGAAUGGGAUAGAGGUGUCUCACUAUGCUACGAGCCCCCUAGGCUAAGAACAUGUCAUGAUGUUUUUAAAGAUUUUUAUCAAAUGUACUCUUGUGCCCUUGGCUCAUAUUUUGAUGUGAUUGUACAUGCAUUCAUACAGACGGGCAGGCGCUGUGAUGAUGAGUUGGUUGAGUGACUGCGCCUUUUGCUCAAUCAGAGGAAAGUAACUCCGGUAUCCAUCAGUCUAACUUAUACAGUGGUUCUUCUUUUUCAUGCUGUACUGUGUUAUUGAUGGCCUAAGAGUGGAGGGAGUGAGAAGAGAGGGAUACAGAAAGUUGGACCUAGAGUGAAAGACAGAAGAGAUGGUGAGAUUUUAUUGAGGGAAAGUGGUGAAAAAAGGGCGGCCAGAGAAAGGUGUCUCGCCCUGUUCUUGUUUGUGAUUGCAAGGCUUCAGUCCGGUCACACAGCAGUCUGUGUGUAUCUGGUCACACAGCAGUCUGUGUGUAUCUGGUCACACAGCAGUCUGUGUGUAUCUGGUCACACAGCAGUCUGUGUGUAUCUGGUCACACAGCAGUCUGUGUGUAUCUGGUCACACAGCAGUCUGUGUGUAUCUGGUCACACAGCAGUCUGUGUGUAUCUGGUCACACAGCAGUCUGUGUGUAUCUGGUCACACAGCAGUCUGUGUGUAUCUGGUCACACAGCAGUCUGUGUGUAUCUGGUCACACAGCAGUCUGUGUGUAUCUGGUCACACAGCAGUCUGUGUGUAUCUGGUCACACAGCAGUCUCCGUGUGGUCUCUUAUUGUUACAAGUGGUUACAGAUGCUUUCCAUGUUUUUGAAGCAUUUGCAUAUGUCGUGCGACUUUCGUUUGGGGGGAUUUUAGAGUUGGACUUGGAAGUCUUUCCAGUUCAUUAUGAAUAGAAUGGUGGUUUUAAACAUUAAGCACUUUAUAAACUGUUUUGUGUGACCAGCAAAUCCUUAUAUCCAUCCAUAGGCUUUCUAUGGUUAGUCACAUUGUACUGGUUGAUGUCCAUUUUUAAAAAAAUAAUACUUUUUUAAGUUGUCACGGUAUACAUUUAAACACAUUGACCAUGCAUUCAUACAUUUUUCAUUCACUAUACUUUUGGAGUUAUAUUUGUGAUUGUUUGUAUCAAGUGUUCAUCUGAAGCCUAUUUAUACUGAGUGGUCCAUUCAGUGUCUCUGUCAAUACCGUCAUUCCCAUAGCGAGUAUACAUUGUUUGUUUUGGUGUGUCUCUGAUUGUAAUUAGCUACUAUUCAUAGGCUUUCAUAUCUCUGGCACACACAAUUUUCUUUUGCUCUGAUAUAUUGUGUGUGUACAUUUAUGCGUGUGUUAUUUUUAUGGAGAAUGUACAGCACAUUUCUAUCUGUAGCCUACUAUUUACCUUGUAUUUUACAAUCUGUGUAAGUUAACCACUGGUGUUUUACCUUGUCUUGUGUGUGUGUGGUUGUAGUUUUUGGUUGGUUUCUGGUUCAUGUACGGACAGAUGUUGAACCACUACUGUCAGCAUUCAGGGCAGAGCUGUGUGAAAUAGACACAGUACCUGUCCCGUGCAUUGUCACCAGGGACUCACUGCUACACAAAAACUCUGCUACAAUAGCCACACUACCAUACCACUUACUAUAAAGCUAUGUUUUGGGCAUGUACUCUGUGGUAUGCUAGUAUGGACAUUGGAAUGUGGCCUAAAAUCUGUUAUUUAGGCUGCGUUUACACAGGCAGCCCAAUUCUAAUCUAUUUUUUUCAGUAAUUGGUCUUUUGAACAAUCAGAUCUGAAAAAGAUCUGAUGUGAGUGGAAAAAAUGUCAGAAUUUGAUGCCUGUGUAAACAUGAGAAUAGCCAUCUCUAUGGCAAGUUAUCUAUGGUGCUAUGUGCAGCAGUGAUGGACACUUCUAAUGUGAUGUUUAUACUUACAUUUAUACUCAUGUCACAUCAACAGUACUGAUAUUAAUAUUGUGGUAAAGUCUGAAUUGUGUUUCUGGAGUAAUUGCUGUGAGCAGGCAGUGUGAGAGGAGUGUGUCCUGUUUUCAAACUUGUCAUAUUUGUUCAAUUUUUAAAAUAUCCUGAUGUUUGUUUACUCAUUUGUAAUUGGUUUACUCAUUUUAAAUCAUGCAGCUUUCAUGGAUAAUAUUAACAUUGUUUUUGUACAAAUUACAAACUUUAAAUAAUACAAAUAUUGGAUAGCACUGUACAUGUGGUAAGGUACUCUCCUCCCAAAAGUUUUGCCUCUGUCAUAUCCAUCCAAAUGAAUAUGCAUUUUAAACCAUGUUGCUCUACUUUGCUUUAGAUGCAAGCAGCCUAAUUCUGAGAUUUCCCCCCACUAAUUGGUCUUUUGACCAAUCAUUCCAGAUCUUUUCCAGAGCUAAUCUGAUUGGUCAAAAGACCAAUUAGUGAAAAAAAUAUCAAAUGGGAUGCCUGUCUAAGUGCAGCCAUUGACACAAACGGAUGAAAUGAGAACCAUUUGGUUGUUGCUCAGAUUCCUACAUGCUCAUGUUUACAUUCUGUCUUGAAAAAGUAGGAUUAUUCCAUUUAAAAAUGUAAUUUAGAAGGUUUCUUACCCAUGAGUCAGAUUACAUAGUAUUUUUAUAGCAGAUGUUCAGUUUUAUAUACAUGCAGUAUAUAAUUUUUCAAACGUCGGACUGAAACCCAGUGUGCAGUUUGGGGGUGUGUAUACUACUAGAUCGCUUCAUGUAGAACGCGGGCCAAUAGUCACGAUUAUACUCUCAUUCUGUGCAAACCAUAUAAAUGGAAUAUAUGCAAGGGACACCAUUCCAAGCAUAGACUUAGAAUGAGUUGUAGUUGUAUAGUUCCAUAUGAGAUACAGCUUGUCAAAGAUGGUGGCACAUACUGAGACCACCCACAGAAACCGUCAACUAUUUUGAACCUCCCAUUUGGUUUCACCCAUUCAAAAUAUCAAUUAGGCCUAAACACAAUAGAUAAUCACCUCCAUUACUGAUGUCCAAGCGUUCCAUUCCAUUUUUAUUGGGGAUUUUCAAGAGCACAUGAUGCCUCACUAAGCCAUACAAACAGAAAAAGCCAACCUCUGAGUAUCUCCUCUGUGUGAUGAAUGUAACUUUAUACUAUAUAUACUGUUUUUAGAGGAAAUAUGAGGUAGCCUAAUCUUGAAUGUUCAGUGCAUUGUACAUGUGUGGAAAUACAUUGUUUUGUGGUUCUGUCUGGUUUCAUGUUCCAAGGUCAAGCGCUCUUAUUUGGCUUGAUCGAUUGCUUAGUUUAACUGUUUGAAUGACUACAUAUUCAUUUGAAAAUACUAGUUGAAAAUGUUAUCUUUAAGGUGGCAAAAUAUCACACAUGCUCUCCACACACAUUAUUUGUCAUUAACUCAUUAAUAUCCAUGUUGAAAUAUGAGAUGGGGGUUAUCAGUUGUGAAUUUCUCAAGUGUGCCUUGACAAACCAUCAGUGUAGUAGGUUUACCAGAUCCCCUUUGUCAUGACUGUUCAUGUCCCUUGUCUAAUGUCCCUCUACCCUAGAUGAUCUGACUUCUCAUACUUCAGUCUAGCCAGUGUCCGUGUUCUGCUUUUGGUUACAUGACCACCUAACGUGUUUUCAUUUCAUCCAUCCCUGGUUGCGCUUAUGUUGCAAGUCUAAAGUGUGAUCACUAACUCUAUAGUGGUUUCCAAUUCCAGUACCCCCAACAGUCCACAUUUCUAUUGUAGCCCCAGACAAGCACACCUGAAUCAACUUGUCAGCUUAAUCAUCAGGCCCUCAAUGAGUUGAGUCCGGUGGUUUUUGUCCGGGGCUACAACAAAAAUGUGUGCCGUUUGGUACUCAAUGACGAGUUGGGAACCACUGCUCGAGGACUUUGUUCAGCCUAACCCGUCGACUGUAUACCUGUGUGUCUCUACUUCAUGCCUGUUGAGAUUCAUAAUGGUGAGAUAAAAGGGAAAAGAGGUGGAGAUUGUUCUGAUCGGGUGUUGUGGAAUUCUCUCGUAACUGUGUGUUUGUCAGCAUAACUGUUGUUGCUGUGAAGAGCUUGACAUGAGAUGAAAAGGUGGUAAUAAAGACUCCUAUUGGAACAGUG